AUGAAAAUAAAAGUUCCGUUCACGGGCGCUGAUCUGAGAGAAUGGAAAGAGGCUGCCCGAGAAUACCGUAAUGAUCCGAUAAAGACAGCACAGAAUUUUAAAUUUCUAAUAAAACAGCACAAUCCUGACUGGAGUGAUAUACAAUUAUUAUUAGAUUGUUUGACUGAAACUGAAAAACAAUUAGUCAUAAAAACAGCGGGGGAUCUCGCAAAGGAACAUUAUAAUAUAAAGGGAGAUAAUUAUAGAGAAUGGUUUCCUUUGUUGGACCCGGAAUGGGACCCAAACCGAGCCGCUGAAAUGGGAAGAUUACAAGCAUACCAGGAACGGAUAUUCAGAGGAAUGGAGAAAGCAAUUCCUAGAACAAUAAAUUGGGCAGCGUUAUAUGAGGUCAGACAGGGUCCUUCUGAAACACCUUCAGAAUUCUUAGACAGAAUAAGAGAUGCAAUGCGCCGGCACACGUCUCUGGACCCAAAUUCGGAGGUAGGCGCACAGCAACUAAUAUCCCUCUUUUUAGGACAAUCACAGGGGGAUAUUAGGCGCAAGUUGCAAAAAUUGAGACCUCCUGAAAAUAGAGACUUGGAAAAAUUAGUAGAGGAAGCAUGGAGAAUAUUUAGUAAUCGAGAAGAAGGUUACAAGCAGGACCAAAAGAAAAUAUUAGCAGUAUUAAUAAAAUUAAAAUUAGGAGAAGAACAGGAGGAGGUGGAAUUUUUAAUAGACACAGGAGCCACCUAUUCGGUUUUGAACCAGGCUUUAAUGCCUUUGGGAAAUGAUUAUGUUUCAGUAAAAGGUGCAACUGGCCAAACUGAAAAGGCUUAUUUUUGUAAACCUUUAAAAUAUAAGUUGGGAAAACAGAUGGGGAUCCAUAAAUUCCUAUUUAUGCCAAAUUCCCCAAAGGCCCUUCUUGGUAGAGACUUAUUAGAACAAUUGGAGGCAACAAUCAAAUUUAAAAAAGGGGAAGUUACUCUGGAGGUAAAUAAUCAUCAAUACAUACAGGUUAUGAGCCUAUCUCUGGCCAAUACUCCUAUAAAAAGGGAAAUUGAUACCAGGAUUAUUGAUCAGGUAUAUCCCGGAGUAUGGGCAAUUGACAUACCGGGACGUGCCAAGAAUGCAUCACCUGUAAUAGUAAAAUUGAAGGAUGGACAGAGUGCGGUAAGAAUUAAACAAUACCCACUGAAAAGGGAAGAUAGGGAAGGAAUUCGUCCAAACAUAGAGCGAUUCAUAGAACUAAAACUACUAAAAGAAUGUGAGUCAGAAUUUAACACACCUAUCCUCCCAGUUAAAAAAACUGAUGGGUCUUAUAGGAUAGUUCAAGAUUUAAGGGCCAUUAACAAAAUAACAGAGGAUCUGUAUCCUGUAGUAGCUAACCCCUAUACCUUACUUACCACCCUGACACCUGACCUAGCUUGGUUCACAGUUUUAGACUUAAAAGAUGCCUUCUUUUGCCUCCCUCUCCAUGAAGCCAGCCAAAGAAUUUUUGCUUUUGAAUGGGAAAAUCCCAGAAGCGGUCAAAAGACCCAGCUCACAUGGACGGUGUUGCCACAGGGGUUUAAAAAUAGCCCCACAAUUUUUGGAAACCAAUUAGCAAAGGAUUUGGAGUUAUGGGAACCACCGUCAGAAGAAGGGAAAGUGUUACAAUAUGUAGACGAUCUUCUUAUUGCAACCAGAACUGAAGAAUCUUGUAUUAUUUGGACUGUGAGUCUGCUGAACUUUCUGGGACUACAGGGAUAUCGAGUUUCUAAGAAGAAGGCACAGGUGGUGUUACAACAGGUCACACACCUGGGGUACGAGAUCAGUGCCGGACAACGGGUCCUGGGGAAGGCCCGAAAAGAAGCCAUAUGCCAAGCCCCCCGACCACGAACUGUAAAGGAACUGCAGACAUUUCUGGGAAUGACAGGAUGGUGCCGGCUUUGGAUAUGCAAUUAUGGCUUGCUUGUUAAACCAUUAUAUUCCCUGAUAGCAGCUAACCAGAAGGAUCUUCAGUGGGAUGCUGAAUCAGACAGAGCUUUCCAUGAACUGAAGAAAGCCUUGAUGUCGGCACCAGCACUAGGACUUCCUGAUGUGAGUAAGCCAUUUUUCCUAUUUUCCCAUGAGAAACAGGGAAUGGCAUUAGGAAUACUGGCACAAGAUUUGGGACCAUACAGACGGGCAGUGGCAUACUUCUCUAAACAGCUGGAUGCCACUGCAAAAGGGUGGCCUGGUUGCCUGAGAGCAGUAGCAGCCGUCAUCCUAAACAUCCAAGAGGCCCGGAAGUUUACCCUGGGCCAGAAAAUGACUGUCUUAGUAUCCCACACAGUGUCUGCAGUCCUUGAAACAAAAGGGGGGCAUUGGCUCUCCCCACAGAGAUUCCUAAAAUACCAGGCCAUAAUGGUGGAACAAGAUGAUGUUGAGAUCGUGACUACAAACAUCGUCAAUCCAGCCUCAUUUCUUAAUGGGAAUAUUGGAGAAUCCGUCGAUCAUGACUGUCUAGAAACAAUCGAAGCCACUUAUUCUAGUCGGACAGAUCUCAAGGAUGUUCCUAUUAAUGGAGCUGAACAUUGGUUCACGGAUGGGAGCAGCUAUAAGCUGAAUGGAAAGCGACAUUCCGGAUAUGCUGUUACAACCUCUGAAGAAGUGAUAGAAUCGGGGCCGCUACCAGCUGACACUUCGGCACAGAAGGCUGAAAUCAUAGCCCUUACUCGAGCUCUGGAAAGAGCUCGGGGAAAACCUAUAAAUAUUUGGACUGAUUCUAAAUAUGCCUUUGGAGUGACUAAUCCUAAGAUUACCAAGGGGCCAAAGUUGGGAAAAAUUGGGAGAGGAAAUGUUCCUGGGCAACACUGGCAGAUCGAUUUCUCGGAACUUCCUAGAAAAGGAGGGUAUCGAUAUUUAUUGGUACUAACAGAUACCUUUUCAGGUUGGCCAGAAGCCUUCCCGUGCAGAACUGCUAAAGCCCGGGAAGUGACCAAAAUACUACUCCAAGAGAUAAUACCUAGGUUUGGAGUCCCAGCGGUAAUGUCCUCGGAUAGAGGACCACAUUUUGUGUCCAGAAUAGUGCAACAGAUUAGCCACCAUCUAGGAAUAGAUUGGCAAUUACAUACCUCAUACCGACCACAAUCGAGUGGCCAGGUGGAAAAGAUGAAUCAUCUAAUCAAACAACAGAUUGUCAAGUUAGGCCAAGAAACAAAUCUAACUUGGCCCCAGUCUUUGCCAUUAGCUCUUACACGAAUUCGAACUAGACCGAGAGCAAAAGAGGGGCUUAGCCCAUUUGAAAUUUUAUAUGGACGACCCUAUGGGGUACAAAAGGGGAUGUCUUCACAGAUUGGUGAAGAAACAAUGACUUCCUAUAUGGUGGCA